AUGAAGACUGUCACGCAAAUCUGUGCAGCAGUUUUGCUGUUUGUCUUUUUCACGAGCAAAGUGGUAUGCAUUCAGAGAGUCCACUGCCAGUGGGGUCCCUUUGGCAGCUGGUCAGAAUGUGAUCCUUGCACCAAACGACAGACAAGAAGCCGAGCCAUGGUUUCCUACGCUCAGUUUGGUGGCAACUCCUGUGGUGGUGGGCGGACUGAGACCAGGACCUGUGAAACCACACAAGGCUGCCCUUUGGAGGACGGAUGUGGAGAUAGGUUUCGUUGUCGAUCAGGAAAGUGCAUCAGCAAGUCCCUGCUGUGUAAUGGAGAUCAGGACUGUGAGGGAGAUGGACUCGAUGAACUACAAUGUGACGAUAAAAAGUACAUUGUKUGUGCAGUUCCACCAAACCCACCACCCAACAUUGAAAUACUUGGAUUUGGGUUUGAUGUGGUGACCGGAAKGACAAGGGGCACUGUCAUCAACACAAAGAGCUUUGGAGGUCAGUGUCGACCCUUCUUCAGCGGCGUCUCCAACAGGCUCUAUCGGCUGCCCCUCAGCACAAUACAAUACAACUUUUUGGUUAAAGUCCAGAAUGACUUUAGUGAUGAAAUGUUCUCCAGUAAAUGGCACUACGCCAAGGAUAUUGUCCAGAGAGAGACCGUUAAAGGAACUACAACAGGUUUUCGCAAUUAUGACUUCCACGAGACACAAGACACGACUCAGACUCGCAGGCUUCUGGUGUUGAAGAACGAAGUCGAGAUUGCUCAGUUCCAGAGUAACUCUCCCAAGUACCUCCCAAUAGCUGAGGAGUUUUGGAAGGCACUGGCCAAACUCCCAGUWGUCUAUGACUACUCAGCCUACAGGGAGAUUUUGGAGAAAUUUGGAACGCACUACGUAUCUGAGGGAAGCCUGGGGGGCUUCUUUAAAGCCAUUGUUUCGGUUGAUGAAGAAACUCAAAAAUACACAUCUCAAGAAGUCUUGGUACAACGUGAAUGUGAAAGGACUAAACGCUGGGUCCUUUUCUUCCCUAUUACAAAAGUGGAUUGUAUAAAGCGUGAUGGUGGAGGCACAUCAAUCACUGGGUCUACCAGAAACAACAAUGUGGCCAAAGUGCUUGUGGAGGGAGGUGGACUCUCACAUAUCGCAGCUCUGCAGGGAAUGCAGCUCGACGAUCAAAGCAAGAACUGGGAAAUGUACUCGAACUGGGCCGACUCCAUUCGAUCAUUUCCACAUGUCGUAAAACAAAAGCUGCGACUGCUAUCAGAACUGGUUAAAGAGGUUCAGUGUAGCGGGGCGAAGAAGCUCUACCUACGCAGGGCCAUAGAGCAAUACCUYGCAGAGAGCCACGCCUGCCACUGCCAGCCCUGCAGAAACAACGGCAUGGCCGUCAGAGACGGAGACACGUGCAAAUGCAUCUGCAAGCCUGGCACAACCGGAGAGGCCUGUGAGGGUGGAACAGAUGUACAAGGCCAACAGGGAGUGAUUGACGGUAGCUGGUCUUGUUGGUCUGCCUGGUCUCUGUGCUCCGGGGAUCGAAAGUCACGCAGUCGAUCCUGCUCCAAUCCCUCGCCUCAGAACGGUGGACAGCACUGCAUCGGAGAAGCAAACGAGUCGUCUCGCUGCGAUGACGAGGAGGAGCUGCAGUACCUAAAAACCAUGGAGCCUCAGUGCUUUGAUGCCUCUCUUCCAGAACGUCAGAAAUGUGACACUCCACCAAGUCUAAUCAAUGGCUACAUCCUGAACCCUAAGGACCAUUACUUUGUUGGUGAUAAAGUUGAAUACACUUGCACCGCUGGUUUCCAUCUUCUUGGUAACGUCCUAGAAUGCACCCCUGAACAGAUCUGGUCUGCCAGUCCUGGUCUGUGUGCAGUUUCAGUGUGCAAACUUCCUUUACUCGCUGAUGAUGUCAUAGGAUUUCCUUUACAAGACGCUUACCACCUUGGGGAGACCAUUUCRUUGUCGUGUCCAGAGGGGAAAGAGUUGCAGGGGGAAAGAACCUCUAGUUGUGACUCCAGUUUYCAUUUUUCUCCAGACCCAGCAGAAGUUAGAUGCAUCCAAGGUGAUACAAAACAGAAACCCAUUUAUCCUGAAGUACAAUGUCAACCAUGGGAGAAACCUUCCAGAGGAAGCUGCGUUUGCAAAACGCAUACCGAYUGCAGUUCCUCGCUGGAGUUGUGUGCCAUGAUUCCAGAAAACAGACGAUUUGUUCCUCUGUCUGUGUGCAAAAUGCAUGCGUUGCAGUGCAAGGGGAAAAUCCUCCAGAUAYCAGAGUACAACCACUGCAUAUGGCCACAACGCAACACAACAGGCUGCAGCAGCUGCCACAUGUGGGAGGACUGUGAUGCUCAAAGCAAUGAGUGUCGCUGUAAAGAAUCUGCAAACUGCUCGACCCCUGGCUCAGACGUGUGCGUCCGUGUUGGCGAGGAUGCGACGGCGGCCCCACAAACCAUGAAUGAGUGCGAAGCUGGACUUCGGCGAUGUAAAGGAGAAAAGGUGUCGGUUGUUAACAUUGUGUCGUGUUCCUGAAGAAGCUGGGGGAAAAGCUUUGACUGAAGUUUCACAUAUUUUACUUUUUGAUUUAAAUGAAGCAUGAAAAGGAAGAUUAUUUGUCACACUUAAAUCACAUUUGUACCUGUUAAAACAGAACCAAUAUGUAGAAAUAAAAGAAAGUACUUCAGUCUGA